AUGGCGUCGUCGCAAGGUCCCGUUCCAGACCCCAGCGAACGCAUCUUCGUUGAUCUACGAAGCAAGAAUGACGAAGUCAAAAGCAAGGCUGCAGCAGAGCUGCGUGACUUGAUCACACUACUCUCGAGAGAAUGGUCCCCCGAACGAUUCAGCGCAUUCUACGACAGAGUGACCACCCGCAUCAGCAACCUCAUUGUGCAGGCACCAGACCCGAGUGACAAAGUCGGAGGAGUCCUGGCCCUGGACCGACUUAUAGACUGCGAGGCAAUAGAUCCUGCCCAGAAGGCUUCAAAAUACUCUAAUUACUUGCGGGCAGCGUUGAAGAGCAAUGACUACAGUGUGCUGGAUGCGGCCAGUCGGGCGCUGGGCCACCUGGCUCGACCUGGGGGGGCAUACACAGCAGAGCUUGUCGAAGCCGAGAUGACUUCGGCCUUUGAAUGGUUACAGCCAGAAAGCAAACAAGAAAGCCGCAAACUGGCAGCCGUGCUUCUCAUCCGCGAGCUGGCCAAAAACUCCCCAACCCUUGUAUACGGCUUCAUCCCCCAGAUUUUCGAGCUGAUCUGGAAUGCCCUGCGAGACCCUAAAGACCUCAUCCGCCGGAUCGCCGCCCAGUCUGUCAGCGCAUGCUUUGGUGUCAUGGUUGCAAGAGACACGCAGUUUCAAAACCAUUGGUUUGCCAAAAUAUACUCCAAGACCCUUGAGGGCUUCCGUCCAAACACCUCUGUUGAUGAGACGCUCGGUUCUCUCUUGAUCUUGAAUGAACUGCUUCAACAAGGGAAUAUGUUCAUGCACGACUUCUACAGAAACGCCUGCGAAACUGUGCUCCGGCUGAAGGACCACCGCGACCCCAGGAUUCGUACCCAGAUUGUACAGAUCAUUCCAGUCCUGGCCGAGUACGCCCCUCUCGAGUUCAUCAACAACUACUUGCACAAGUUCAUGAUCUACCUCCAAGCACAGCUCAAGCGGGAGAAGGAACGCAACCAAGCAUUUAUCGCCAUUGGCCAGAUUGCGGAUGCCGUCGGUAGUGCCAUUGCCCAAUAUCUUGAUGGCAUCAUCCUCUACAUCCGGGAAUCGCUGAGUGCAAAGACCAAGAAUCGAGCGGCAGUUGAUGAGGGCCCGAUGUUCAAGUGUAUCAGCAUGCUUGCAGGAGCGGUCGGCCAGACACUUAGCAAGUAUAUGGAGGCUCUCCUAGAUCCAAUCUUCGCUUGUGGUCUUACCGAACCCAUGGAACAGGCUCUUGAGGAUAUGGCGCACCACAUCCCACCAAUUCGGGCGACCAUCCAGGACAAAUUGCUAGAUCUUCUGAGUCUAAUACUGGUGCGAACUCCUUACAGACCUCUGGGCUGCCCACCGAAUUCAUCGCCGCCCCUGCCGUCAUUUGCAAAGGACUAUGGAGGCAUGCCCGCCGAACACAGCCCUUAUGAGAUUACGCUAGCUCUCAAGACCUUGGGAAAGUUCGACUUCUCAGGUCACAUACUUAACGAGUUCGUCAGGGAUGUCACACUUCGCUACGCAACUAACGACAACCCGGAUAUCCGACGUGCAGCUGCACUCACUUGCUGCCAGCUGUUCAUGCAGGACCCUAUCCUUCAUCAGACCAGCAACAAUGCUAUCCAGGUCGUUGGUGAGGUAGUGGAUAAACUCUUGACUGUUGCAGUCGGUGAUCCCGACGCCGACAUACGAGUGACUGUCCUUCGAGCCCUGGAUCGAAAGUUCGACAAGCAUUUGGCCCGACCAGAAAACAUCCGCUGUCUGUUCUUGGCCGUAAACGACGAGGUCUUCCCUGUUCGUGAGGCAGCCAUUGAAAUCAUUGGCAGGUUGACGACAGUCAACCCGGCUUAUGUGUUUCCGCCUCUACGAAAACUUUUGGUCAACCUGCUCACUGGUCUCGGUUACUCUAAUACAGCAAAGCAAAAAGAGGAGUGCGCCCGUCUGAUCAGCUUGUUUGUCUCGAAUGCUACUUCUCUCGUGAGGACUUACGUGGAAGCCAUGGUUUCUGCUCUUCUGCCUAAAGCGACCGAUACGAACCCAGGGGUCGCUUCGACAACCAUUAAGGCCCUUGGAGAUCUCACUUCUGUUGGUGGAGAGGAAAUGGCUCAACAUAUUCCAGAGCUCAUGCCCAUCAUCAUCGAUGCGCUGCAAGAUCUCGGCUCACACGAGAAGCGCGAAGCAGCCAUGAUGACCCUACGAGCCCUCGCAAUCAACUCCCAAUAUGUGAUUGAUCCCUACCUGGAUUAUCCCGAACUUCUCGGAAUUCUCAUCAACAUAAUCAAAACAGAAGCGCACGAAGAGCUAAGAACAGAUGCUAUCAAACUAGUCGGUGUCUUGGGUGCCUUGGAUCCCUACAAAUAUCAGCAGCUCAGUGAAUCGGUGGCAGAGAAACAAAGCAAGACAGAGACACAGCCAGUGUCGGAUGUUGCUUUGAUCAUGCAAGGCUUGACGCCAUCGAACGAGGAAUUUUACCCUACGGUCGUGAUCAAUACACUCAUGCAAACCAUCCUCGCCGAUCAUACGCUCGUUCAGUAUCACAGUGCCGUGAUCGAUGCGGUUGUGACGAUUUUCAAGACAAUUGGCAUGAAGUGCGUGCCAUUCCUGGGUCAAAUCAUACCCGGGUUUCUCGGUGUCAUUCGCAGCUCCCCUCCUCCUCGCCUGGAGUCGUAUUUCAACCAACUUGCGGUUCUUGUCAACAUUGUCCGUCAGCAUAUCCGUGCUUAUUUGCACGAUAUCAUCGAGGUCAUACGGGAAUUCUGGAACGUAUCGAGACAGGUCCAAUCCACGAUUUUAUCCUUGAUCGAGGCAAUCUCCAAGUCUUUGGAAGGCGAAUUCCGCCGAUACCUGGCAGGACUGUUGCCGCUCAUGCUGGGCGUGAUCGAAAACGACACAGAUCUGAGGAGAGAGUCUUCCAUCCGCAUCCUGCACACAUUUCUUGUCUUCGGCUCUAGUGGAGAGGAGUACAUGCACAUGAUUGUACCGGCAAUUGUUGGCAUUUUCGAAAACCCAGCGGCACCUCCGAAUGCCCGCAGGGCAGCAAUUGAUACAUUGGGAAAACUGUCUCGAAAUGUCAAUGUGACGGACUUUGCGUCCCUCAUGAUCCACCCGUUGGCAAAGAUAUUAUCUUCUCCUGAGAAAGUCGUGACAAACUCCUCGGAACGGUCACUAAAAUCCGCUGCGCUAGACUGCAUCUGCGCACUGAUAUAUCAUCUUGGACAGGAUUUUGUGCACUACUUGCCUCUCAUCGAACGGUCUACAAAGGCGGGCCAGAUCAACUCUGAGAGGUUCCAGAAACUGAUAGAGAAUUUCAAGACCGGUAAAGCUCUGCCGGUCGACUUUUACCCAGAGGAACAAUAUGGAGCAGCGACCGAAGACACAAGCUACUCCAAUAUCACCUCGAUGAGGCUUCCCGUCAAUCAGCAGCAUUUAAAGAGUGCCUGGGACACCUCUCAGAAAUCCACAAAGGAGGACUGGCAGGAGUGGAUGCGACGCUUCAGCGUUGAACUACUGAAGGAGUCUCCGUCGCACGCUCUGCGGGCCUGCGCGAGUCUGGCUGGUGUUUAUCAACCACUGGCCAAGUAUCUUUUCAACUCCGCAUUCGUCUCGUGCUGGACUGAGUUGUAUGAUCAAUACCAGGAACAACUCAUCCAGUCGUUUGAAAAGGCUCUAAUCUCUCCGAACAUCCCUCCAGAUAUUUUGCAGACCUUGCUUAAUUUGGCAGAGUUCAUGGAACACGACGACAAAUCUCUCGCGAUCGACCUUCGAACACUAGGACGAUAUGCCGCCAAAUGCCAUGCAUUUGCCAAAGCACUCCAUUAUAAGGAACUUGAGUUUGAGCAGGAUCAAAAUAGCCAGAGUGUUGAAGCCCUCAUCAGCAUCAACAACCAACUCCAACAGUCCGACGCUGCUAUUGGCAUUCUUCGAAGAGCACAAGUCUUCGGCGAAGUCGAGUUGAAGGAGGCAUGGUUCGAAAAGCUGCAGCGAUGGGAGGAAGCGUUGGCAGCAUAUCAGAAGCGCGAGAAGAUUGAGCCAGACAAUUUCGACGUGAUUAUGGGCAAGAUGAGGUGUUUGCACGCCCUGGGCGAGUGGAAAAUGCUGUCUGAGAUUGCACAAGAACAUUGGAACAGCGCAUCAACGGAGAACCGCAAGAACAUGUCUGCUCUGGCUGCCGCGGCGGCUUGGGGCAGAGGCGAAUGGGACUUGAUGGACAACUACAUCAGCGUCAUGAAAGAGAGCUCACCCGACCGAGCAUUCUUUGGUGCUAUCCUUGCCAUCCAACGAAACAAUUUUGGAGAAGCCCGCAGUUUCAUCGUCCGGGCACAAGAUGGUGUCAACUCAGAGAUUGCAGCAACCAUUGGUGAAUCUUACAACCGUGCUUACAGUGUUGUGGUCAGGGCACAGAUGCUUGCAGAGCUUGAGGAAAUCAUUCUCUUCAAGCAAAGCGAAGGGAACCUCGAAAAGCAAAACGCCAUGAAAGUGCUAUGGAAUAAGAGACUUCUCGGGUGUCAGUCCAAUGUUGAGGUUUGGCAACGAAUGCUCAAGGUUAGGGCCCUUGUUCUCACCCCUUCAGAAAAUCCAGAUAUAUGGAUCAAGUUCGCAAAUCUCUGUCGAAAAUCGGAGCGUAUCGGCCUGGCCGAAAGAUCCCUGGCCUCUCUAGGAGGUAGUGGCAACCUUGCUGCUACUGGCCCGGGCGCGGCGCCGCCACCAGUUGCAUAUGCUCGUCUCAAAUUCACUUGGGCCACAGGAAAUCAACAACAAGCUCUAACAUACUUGCGAGACUUCACCACCCGACUAGCUGACGAAUAUCAACAAGCCAACACUGCUCUGGCCAGUGGCAUACACAACGACAGGAUGAACAAUAUGAAUGGUCUUGAUAUGAACGGACAUGAUGCGAUAGCUCAGAGGAGAAGACACGAGGACUUGGAGAAGUAUGCGAAACUCCUUGCCAAGUGCUACCUCCGACAGGGAGAAUGGCAGUCCUACCUUCUAAGGGGCGAUUGGACGAGUCCACGAGCUCAAGAUCCAGUACGCGACAUCCUCAAUUCGUACCAAUUGGCGACGCAAUACAAUGAGUCAUGGUACAAAGCAUGGCAUGCCUACGCGUUGGCGAAUUUCGAAGUCGUCACAUCGAUGGCGUCCCAUACCGAUCAAGACAAAGUCCGCAACCUUCCUGAGCACGUGAUUCAGAACCACGUUGUUCCUGCCAUCGGAGGCUUCUUCCGCUCGAUUGCGCUCUCCAAGACAAGCUCGCUACAAGACACGCUUCGGCUGCUGACGCUGUGGUUUGCUCAUGGCGGUCAUAGUGAAGUCAACCAGGUGGUGAUUGAAGGAUUUGCUUCCGUCAGUAUUGAUACCUGGUUGGAGGUUAUACCCCAGUUGAUCGCUAGAAUCAAUCAGCCAAACGCCCGGGUGCGAGCGGCUGUGCACAGGCUGCUCGCAGAAGUUGGUAAAGCGCAUCCUCAAGCGCUAGUCUAUCCGUUGACGGUUGCAAUGAAGUCGUCAGUCGCGCGACGAGCCAACUCAGCAACUCAAAUCAUGGAUAGCAUGAGAACACACAGUGCUCGACUGGUUGAGCAAGCAGAUCUGGUUAGCCAUGAACUCAUCAGAGUCGCGGUGCUGUGGCAUGAGCUUUGGCAUGAAGGCCUGGAGGAAGCCUCUCGCCUGUACUUUGGUGAUCAUGACGUGGAGGGAAUGCUUGCCACUCUGGCUCCACUCCACGAGCUCCUUGAUCGCGGUGCCGAAACUCUCAGAGAGGUGUCAUUUGCUCAGGCGUUUGGCCACGACCUCGCGGAGGCGCGUGCUUUCUGUAACGCUUUCCGACGCUCGAAGGAAAUUGGCGACCUCAAUCAAGCUUGGGACUUGUACUAUGCGGUCUUCAGAAAGAUCGCGAGGCAACUUCCCCAGCUGAUGAGUUUGGAUCUCAAAUACGUGUCCCCUCGACUAAAGGAUGCUCAUGAUCUCGACCUUGCAGUUCCUGGAACUUACCAGUCGGGCAAACCCAUCAUUCGGAUCGUUAGCUUCGACCAUGUUCUGACAGUGAUACCCUCCAAGCAACGACCGAGAAAGACAACACUCAAAGGGUCAGAUGGUGUGUCGUAUGCAUUCCUCCUCAAGGGUCACGAAGAUAUCAGACAAGAUGAGCGUGUGAUGCAGCUGUUUGGGCUCGUCAACACCCUUCUGAACAACGACACCGAAUCAUUCAAGAGACAUCUCAACAUUCAACGAUUCCCAGCUAUACCGCUGUCGCAGAACUCUGGUUUGUUGGGCUGGGUGCCAAAUUCUGAUACUCUUCAUAACUUGGUUAAGGAGUACCGCGAGUCAAGGCGGAUCUUGCUGAACAUUGAGCACAGAAUUAUGCUGCAGAUGGCUCCUGACUACGACAACCUCACACUCAUGCAGAAGGUGGAAGUUUUCGGGUACGCAAUGGACAACACGACCGGGAAGGAUUUGUACCGUGUGCUUUGGCUGAAGUCCAAGAGCUCCGAAGCCUGGCUUGAUCGGCGAACAAACUACACCCGCUCACUCGCUGUCAUGUCAAUGGUUGGAUAUAUCCUCGGGUUGGGGGAUCGCCAUCCAUCAAAUCUCAUGCUUGACCGCAUCACUGGCAAGAUCAUCCACAUCGACUUUGGUGAUUGUUUUGAAGUAGCCAUGCAUCGCGAAAAAUAUCCGGAAAGAGUCCCCUUCCGGCUGACGCGGAUGCUCACCUUCGCCAUGGAAGUCAGCAAUAUCGAAGGGUCGUUCCGCAUAACAUGCGAGAACGUCAUGCGCGUCAUCCGCGAAAACAAGGAGUCGAUUCUGGCAGUGCUCGAAGCCUUCAUCCACGAUCCCUUGCUUAAUUGGCGUCUCAACACCCGCGAGUCUCCGCCCAGACCACACUUCCGCUCCGAACGGAGGCAAAGCAUCAUCGAAGCCCCCGGUGCACAGGGAGGAGACUAUGAUCGCAGUCCUAUGGAGAGUGCGAACAACCCGGCAGCGAUGAUGAACAACCAGGGACAGAGCCAUGUUGGUGCACCGCCAGGACGUCGACACCGUCGCAGCAGUGUUCUUGAUCCAGCGAUGGUAGGCGGAAGUGUGCUUGACAAAACAACGGACAACAAUGCCGCAGCUCAGGAAGCAAAGGAGGUACAAAAUGCCCGAGCUUUGCAAGUGCUAGCCCGCGUCAAGGAGAAAUUGACAGGACGUGACUUCAAGCCUGCGGCGCCAGGUACACCCUCAUACGCUAUGGCAACAGCCCUUCGCGCGGACGUCAACGGCCUUGGCCUCGAAUCUCUGAUGAACGUGAACGGCGGCGCGAUGAACAACUUGACCAAUGGCGCGAUUGGGGCCGUGGAUAUGCAGCCACACGGUAAACAGGUCUCGAUUGCAGGCACAGCACCCGAGACAACCAUGGCGGGGAUCGGUGGAUUGGGAGUUGCGGAGCAGGUGGAUCGCUUGAUUCUGCAAGCGACGAAUGUGGAGAAUCUAUGUCAGCAUUAUAUUGGGUGGUGUUCGUUCUGGUGA